UUCCCUAAAUAAUCAAAUCCAAACAGUAAUUUUUUCUCCCCAUUUUUCUCGUUUAAAACCCUUCCAUUCCCCUUCUAUUAUUUUCAGGAACAACAAAUUGGCACUUUUAAUUUUUAUAUGUUUAGGUCAUCCACCGGUCACCUCUCCCUCUACAAUGAACAUUUUUUUCUUUUUUUUUCUCCAUAAUUUUUAUAUUCAUUUAUUUUACAUCCAUCAAACCAAAAACACAAUUUUUCUUGUUCAACCAUUAAUUCUUUACUUUUUUUUUAUUUUAAUUUUUUUGUUUGCCUCCAUUCAAAAACUUUAUGUAUUUCUGACCACCAAGUAA